AUGGCUGUUGAUUUGACGUCCGACAUUAGGGUUCUGGUGGGGGUGCGCGACGACCAGCAUUGCCGGCAGGCGUUAGAAUGGACGAUCAGCGAGUUCAGCCGACGACAAGACAAAACCGUCUGCCUCUUGCUCACGCACGUCGUCACCGAGCUUCGCAACUCAGCGGGCAAGCAGGUUCGUCUAAGCGAGGCGGACGGGCCAAGCGUGGCGGUGCACAUCUGCGACCGCGUGCUUCCGUUCCUGGAGGCCAUGCAGGACGUCAGCGACGAGGCUGGGCUGCCCUCCACGGUGCAUGUGAUAAAGAACGAGGACACGGGGGCGGCCAUUUUGGAGGCAGCGUCGAAGCUGGAGGCCACUCACAUGGUGCUCGCCUCUUCUGCCGGCAAGGGUGCCAGCCAGUGCCACACCAUCAACGCGUGUUCAGACGAGACGAAACUGCCGCCCGGAGCAACGCUCUUCAUCAUUGAAGACGGCAAGAAGCUCAAAUCCAUCUCCUCGGGACAGCCCCCCGCCCCCACCACGGUGAGUCGUUUAACCCAUACUCAAUCCUACUCCAAUCCCCACUGCCUGCCACUAUCCCUCGCCCCCACUAUCCCUCGCCCCCACUGUCCCUCGCCUCCCAUCACCCUCACCUCCACUAUCCAUCUCCUCCUCCUCUCCCCCCUCCGCCUGCUCGUCCCUCACCCCCACCUCCCUGCCCUCCUUUCUUCCCAUCUCAGGCGGGCACAGCAGGGUAUGCCGCACCAGCCUACGAGCAGCAGCUGCCAGGCAUACAGGAGGGGGGCAGCGGCACACAGGAGCUUUCGAGGCUUCUCACAAUCUCCCGUCCUCCUCCAUUACUCCCUCACUCCCCCCACUCCUCCCCCUUCUUCCCUCUUCUCCCUUUCCUCUCAGGCAAGCACAGCUGCCAGGCAUACAGGAGGGGGAAGCGGCACACAUGCAUUUUCAAAUCGACUCAAACUCCCUUCCUCCCUUCUUUUGAGUCGACUCGAAAAUAGGCCAUUUUCACCUACUUUUCCCCCCUUCAGGCGGGCACAGCAGGGAGCCGCAGGAGGAGCAGCAGCAGCAGCAGUGGCGGCAGGAGCAACAGCAGCAGCGACCAGUGCCAGUACUGGUGCUGCUGCUGCCGGUGCAGCAGGGGCGAGUGGGGGAGGGGGUGGGGGAGCAGGAGACGAGGGGCUAUCAGCACUAGAGCUAGCCCGGCGGAACUAUCGCAUGCAAGCAGCUGCCAAAGCCCAGGCUGCGGAAGAAGCAGCUGGGGGGGGCGCAGGGGGGGCGGGGGGAGCGGGGGAAGGCGCAGGAGGAGGUGCAGGGGGGGGCGCAGGGGGAGGGGCGCCGGGGAAGGGCAAGGGGAAGGUGAAGCCGCCUGUGGCAGCAAAGGAUUUCAAGCAGUACACACUUGAAGAGCUGCAAGCGGCCAUGGACCAUUUCUGGCCGAACAACGUGUGUGGCGAGGGCAGCUACGGGGUGGUGUACAAGGGGUGGCUGGAUGGGCAGGCGGUGGCAAUCAAACAGCUCAAGAACCCCGAUGCGCAAGCGGCUCUAGAUGAGAUCGACCGGGAGGUGGAAGUACAGAAGCGUAUCGACCACCCAAACGCCGUCCGCCUCCUAGGUUAUUGUAGGGAGGAUCGCUCGCUGGUCUACGAGUUCCUCUCCAACGGCUCCCUGGAGGACCGCAUGCUCUGCGUCGGUGGCACGCCGCCCCUCAUGUGGCCUGAGCGCUGCCGCAUUGCCAUGGAGGGUGGGCUGGGAGGAUCGCAUGCUCUGCGUCGGCGGCACUCCGCCCCUCAUGUGGCCCGAGCGCUAUCGCAUUGCCAUGCUGAGCUGAGCUGCGAUGUGCAAUACUGUAGCAAUGGGGCUGCAGCGCCUGCGCAUGUGCAGGCUCUCCUUCCUAUGCUUACCCCACUUCCCCUUAGUUCCUUCCCCACAUCCCACUCCCAAAUCGUGCUCACUGCGCUUCGCCUUUUUCCUCUCCCCUUCCUCCAACACCACCAGGUAGCAGCGGGCCUGCAGCACCUGCACACGCGCAAGCCGCCCAUCGUCCACCGAGACGUGAAGCCAGCCAACGUGCUGCUGGACGACAACUUCACUGCCAAGCUCGGCGACGUGGGCCUAGCGCGCCUCAUGGGGGACCUCGCUCCCGGCCACUCCCACGUGGUGCGGAAAUCCGUUAUCGUCGGCACAGAGCAUUAUGUAGACCCCGAGUAUCUGUGCGCGAGACGAGGCUAUCUCGGGCCGAAAUCCGAUGUGUAUUCGUUCGGGAUCGUGCUGCUGCAGCUGCUAGUUGGUGAUGUGCCGAACCCGAGGAGAAUCGAUGCGGCGGUGGAAAGGGAGGAGCUGGCCGUGCUGCUCGAUCCGAGGGCUGGGGAGUGGCCACCGAAUCUCGCGAUGGAUCUGGCGAAUCUCGGCCUUUGGUGCGCGGAAAUGGACCGCCGAGAUCGGCCGGAUCUGACGGAGGAGGUGAUUCCGGCACUGUUGGAAAUCUGUGAGGCGGCGGCAGAGGCCGUGGUGGAAUGGGAGGGGAAGCAGGAGGCUGUGAGGGAGAGGCAGCGGCAGGAGCGGAAGCAGAAGGAGCGGGAGAAAGCGAGGAAGGAGGAGGAGGCGCGGAAAGGGAAGGAGCGGCAGGAGGCAGGGGAAGCUGCGAGGAAAGAGCAGGGGGUGGGGGGGGGUGGUGCGAAGGGGAAGGUCGGGGAAGGGAAGACGGAUGUGAGUGUUGGGGGGCUGGACGAUGGUGCUGCUAAAGCGCAGGGCGGGUGCUGUGUUUUGUUGUAA